GUCAUGGAACACGUUAACAUUGGAAAUGAGUGCAUCGGAGAUGUGACUUGUGGAGAGAGAGUGACGUGCUCCGCGUGGGGAGAUCCUCACUACAGAACCUUCGACGGGAAGAGAUUCAACUUCCAGGGCAACUGUAAGUACGUCCUGUCCAGAGGAAUGGACUUCAAGAUUUCGGCCCCGAACGUGCACAGGAGGGGGAACACGCGCGUGUCUUUCGUGGACGCCGUGGAGUUUGAGCUUUAUGGGAACCUCAUUGCGAUAACCCAGGGCAAGGAAGUGUUCGUGAACGGAGUGAAGUGGACCCUGCCCGCCUGUAUCGGAGGCCUGGCAUCCAUCACCCAACAGGGCAACAACAUCGUGAUCGACACCGCUCUGUGUAUCACUGUCACUUUUGAUGGCAACCAUCGCGUCACAGUAGAGCUUCCCCCGUACCUUGCCUCCACGGUUGACGGUCUCUGUGGCAACGCUAACGGUAACCAAGGAGAUGACCUGGUCAAGCCUGACAUGACCCCUGCUGGAGACGCAGUGGAGUUCGGCAACAGCUGGGUGGCCUUUGAUGACGUCAGCUGCCCCGCUGUCCUGGCCGACCAGCAGUUUGACAUCGCCCAGGCUGACCAGGCGCUUGUACAGGAGCUGGAGAGUCAGCAGUUCUGCGGACAUCUGCAGGACACCAACAGCCCCUUCAGCGCCUGUUUUGCUGCAGUGGAGCCCACGGACUACAUCGACACCUGUGUUUACGACAUGGCUGCAUCUGGAGGCACCAGUGAUCACAGCUUCAUGUGUGAAAACUUCGAGGAAUAUAUUCAAGCUUGUGCUGCGGCAGGAGUUCACAUCGAGGGAUGGAGGGAGCAGACCGGCUGUGCCCUGCAGUGCCCCCCACACAGCCACUACUCGUACUCCACGUCUGCCUGCCAGGACAGCUGCCGGACUCCGACUGCCUCCUCCACGUGCGGCCGGCCCAAUGUGGAGGGCUGUGAGUGUGACCCAGGCUACAUCUGGAGCGGCAUGACGUGUGUAGAGCCAAAGGACUGCGGAUGUCUUCACCAAAUGAACUAUCACGCUCUCGGAGAAGUGUGGGGCACAUCAGACGGUCAGCAGUGCGAGUGUCUGCCGAACUUCCAAGUCAGCUGCGCCCCGAUGUCCUGUCUGCCUGGGGCCGAGUGGAGUCUGCAGGACGGCGUCUACGGAUGUCACCAAAACAGAGUAACAUGCUCUGCUCGGGGAGAUCCUCACUACAGAACUUUCGAUGGGAAAAGGUUCAACUUCCAGGGCAACUGUAAGUACGUGCUGUCGCGAGGUCAGGACUUCACGGUUUCCGCCCGGAACGCCAACAGGAGGGGCAACAUGCGGGUGUCGUUUGUGGACGCCGUGGAGUUUACCUUAUAUGGGCAGACCAUUACCAUCACUCAGGGAAAGGAGGUCUUCAUCAACGGAGUGAAGUGGACCCUUCCCGCCUGUAUCGGAGGUUUCGCGUCCAUCACCCAACAGGGCAACAACAUCGUCAUAGACACCAUCCUGUGCAUCACCGUCACUUUUGACGGAAAUCAUCACGUAACAGUUGAGCUGCCGUCGCACCUUGCCGGCCUGGUGGGCGGUCUCUGUGGCAACGCUAACGGUAUCCAAGGAGACGACCUGGUCCAACCUGACCUGACCCCGGCACAGAACGGCGUGGAGUUCGGCAACAGCUGGGUCGCACCGGAUGACACGAGCUGCCCCGCAGUCCUGGCCGACCAGCAGUUUGACAUCGCCCAGGCUGACCAGGCGCUUGUACAGGAGCUGGAGAGUCAGCAGUUCUGCGGACAUCUGCAGGACACCAACAGCCCCUUCAGCGCCUGUUUCCCUGCCGUUGAACCUACGGACUUUAUUGACGACUGUGUGUAUGACAUGGCCGCGUCUGGGAGCACUAGUGACCACUCUUUCAUGUGCGAGAACUUCGAGGGUUACGUUCAAGCUUGUGCAGCUGCUGGAAUUUACCUGGAGGGAUGGAGGGAGCAGACCGGCUGUGCCCUGCAGUGUCCCCCUAACAGCCACUACUCGUACUCCACGUCUGCCUGCCAGGACAGCUGCCGGACCCCGACUGCCUCCUCCACGUGCGGCCGGCCCAAUGUGGAGGGCUGUGAGUGUGACCCAGGCUACAUCUGGAGCGGCAUGACGUGCGUCGAGCCCAGGGACUGCGGGUGUCUCCAUGAAGAAACUUAUCACGCUCUCGGUGAACACUGGGGCACAUCAGACGGUCAGCAGUGCGAGUGUCUGCCGAACUUCCAAGUCAGCUGCGCCCCGAUGUCCUGUCUGCCUGGGGCAGAGUGGAGUCUGCAGGACGGCGUCUACGGCUGCCACCAGGUUCCGACUUUGAAGCCUACAACCACUACCACCCAGACCCCGAAGCCGACCACAACCCCCGUCCCCGCUGCGUCCACUGCCGCUUGUCAGAUGCAGGCUGACAUUGUGUUCGUUGUGGACGGUUCUGCCAGCGUCCCGGCUUACGAGUUUGAAAAGAUCAAGACAUUCCUGAACAACGUUGUUGGUCACUUCGACAUCGGCCCCGGCGCGACCCAGGUGGGAGUUGUUCAGUACAGCUCCAGCCCUCAGCAGGAGUUCGCUCUGAACGCGCACAGCUCACUGGCCGGCCUGCAGCAGGCCAUCAGUAACAUCGUGGUCAUCAGUCGGGGGACUGCCACAGGUUCUGCCCUGACGUUUGCCCGUGACCAGGCCCUGACCGCCGCUAACGGCGCCCGCCCGGGAGUGCCCAAAAUCGUGGUGGUGGUGACGGACGGCAUGUCCGGGGACGACGUGGUCCUCCCCUCUCAGAAUCUCCAUAACGACGGCGUGACGACGUUCGCUAUCGGCGUGACAGAGAUGAUUAACUAUGACGAGCUGUCCGCCAUAGCCGGCAGCCCAGACCACGUCUCCACAGUCUUCGACUUCGACGCACUGGACGACAUUAUGGAACCACUCUCCGCACAGCUUUGUGAAGUUGAAACGACGACUUUGAAACCAACUACAACCACGACCCAAACACCAAAGCCUACAACAACCACCACCCAAACACCAAAGCCUACAACAACUACAACCCAAACUCCCAAACCUACUACAACGCCAACUCCGACUUCUCAAGCACCGACGCUUCCUACUCCAACGCCAGCCACUACAACAGCUAAGCCGGCAACUGAGGCACCGGUGGCACCUCUAACCAACGACAUUGUGAACAUCGGGAAUGAGUGUCUGGGAGACGUGUUCUGUGGAGACAGGGUCACAUGUUCUGCUCGGGGAGAUCCACACUACAGAACUUUUGACGGGAAGAGAUUCAACUUCCAGGGCAACUGUAAGUACGUGCUGUCGCGCGGUCAGGACUUCACGGUUUCCGCGCGGAACGCCAACAGGAGGGGCAACAUGCGGGUGUCGUUUGUGGACUCCGUGGAGUUUACCUUAUAUGGGCAGACCAUCACCAUCACUCAGGGCAAGGAAGUCUUUAUAAACGGAGUGAAGUGGACUCUGCCCGCCUGUAUCGGAGGUUUCGCGUCCAUCACCCAACAGGGCAACAACAUCGUCAUAGACACCAUCCUGUGCAUCACCGUCACGUUUGAUGGCAACCACCACGUGACAGUGGAGCUGCCGUCCCACCUCGCCGGUCUGGUUGGCGGUCUCUGUGGCAACGCUAACGGUAUCCAAGGAGACGACCUGGUCAAGCCUGACCUGACCCCGGCACAGAACGGCGUGGAGUUCGGAAACAGCUGGGUCGCCCCGGAUGACACCAGCUGUCCCGCGGUCCUGGCCGACCAGCAGUUUGACAUCGCGCAGGCUGACCAGGCGCUUGUACAGGAGCUGGAGAGUCAGCAGUUCUGCGGACAUCUGCAGGACACCAACAGCCCCUUCAGCGCCUGUUUCCCUGCAGUAGAGCCUACGGACUUUAUUGACGACUGUGUUUACGACAUGGCUGCAUCUGGGAGCACCAGCGAUCAUAGUUUCAUGUGCGAGAACUUUGAGGGUUACGUGCAAGCUUGUGCAGCAGCCGGUGUUCACCUGGACGGAUGGAGGGAACCAACCGGCUGUGCCCUGCAGUGCCCCCCUAACAGCCACUACUCGUACUCCACGUCUGCCUGCCAGGACAGCUGCCGGACCCCGACUGCCUCCUCCACGUGCGGCCGGCCCAAUGUGGAGGGCUGUGAGUGUGACCCAGGCUACAUCUGGAGCGGCAUGACGUGUGUAGAGCCCAAGGACUGCGGAUGUCUGCACGAAGGAAACUACCACGCGCUCGGUGAACACUGGGGCACCUCAGACGGUCAGCAGUGCGAGUGUCUGCCGAACUUCCAAGUCAGCUGCGCCCCGAUGUCCUGUCUGCCUGGGGCCGAGUGGAGUCUGCAGGACGGCGUCUACGGAUGCCACCAGGUUCCAACAUUGAAACCUACAACAACUACCACCCAAACUCCCAAGCCCACUACAACUCCAACACCAACAGCAAUGACAACCCAGACACCGAAGCCGACUACAACUCCCGCGGCUGUGGACAUGCCUCAGACAUUCGACAUCGAGGAUAACUGCAUGGGUCACGUCACCUGUCCUACAACUACGGCGAUGUGUGCUGCCUUCGGUGACCCUCACUACCAGACGUUCGACGGGAAGGGCUACUGGUUCCAGGGGGCCUGCAAGUACACUUUAGUCAGGCACCAGAACUUUAACGUGGCCGCACAGAACGGGCACCGUCUGGGCGAUACCAGGGUCAGCUUUGUGGACGCUGUGGAGUUUACUCUCUAUGGUCAUACCAUCAGCCUACUCCAGAAUCGUGAAGUCAAGAUUGACGGCGUGCGUCGGACGCUGCCUGUGUGCCUGAACAGCCAGGCUACCAUCCGGCUGAGCGGAGACAUGGUUCUGGUAGAGACGGACAUGUGCGUCACCGUCAAGUACGACGGAAACCAUCGCGUGGAGGUCGAGGUGCCGCCACAGUACGCUGGCCAGGUGGACGGCCUCUGCGGGAACUUUAACGGUAACCCUGACGACGAGCUGCUCAAACCGGACCAGACUCUGGCCCUGAACGAGGUGGACAUGGGAAACAGCUGGCUGGCGCCGGAUGACACCGCCUGCCUGCCGAACCCGGACCAGUUUGACAUCAGCACUGUGGACCAGGCGCUUAUUGCCGAGAUUGAGAGCACCGCCAACUGUGGGCAGAUCACGGACAUCAACGGGGCCUUCCAGCCUUGCGUUGGCGUCGUGGACCCGUUGAACUACUUCGACGCAUGCGUGUACGACAUGGCUGCUGUGAACGGAGAACACCAGAUGCUCUGUAACGACAUGGAGGCCUACGCCGACGCAUGCGCAGCUGCCGGUGUUGUCAUCGUCGGCUGGAGAGAUGAGGCCCUCUGCCCUACAACUACGCAAUGUCCUCCGCACAGCCACUACUCGCAGUCCACGUCUGCCUGCCAGGACAGCUGCCGGACCCCGACUGCCUCCUCCACGUGCGGCCGGCCCAAUGUGGAGGGCUGUGAGUGUGACCCAGGCUACAUCUGGAGCGGCAUGACGUGUGUAGAGCCCAAGGACUGCGGAUGUCUGCACGAAAUGAAUUAUUACGCGCUCGGUGAACACUGGGGUACCUCAGACGGUCAGCAGUGCGAGUGUCUGCCAAACUUCCAAGUCAGCUGCGUCCCGAUGUCCUGUCUGCCUGGGGCCGAGUGGAGUCUGCAGGACGGCGUCUACGGAUGCCAUCAGGGAAAAGCUGUUGCGAUGUGUGCUGCCUUCGGCGACCCUCACUACCAGACCUUUGACGGGAAGGGCUACUGGUUCCAGGGGGCCUGCAAGUACACUUUAGUCAGGCACCAGAACUUUAACGUGGCCGCGCAGAACGGGCACCGUCUCGGGGAUACCAGGGUCAGCUUCGUAGACGCCGUGGAGUUCACUCUCUACGGCCAUACCAUCUGGCUCCUGAAGAACCGGGAAGUUAUGAUUGACGGUGUGCGUCGGACGCUGCCGGUGUGCCUGAACAGCCAGGCUACCAUCCGGCUGAGCGGAGACAUGGUUCUGGUGGAGACAGACAUGUGCGUCACCGUCAAGUACGACGGGAACCAUCGCGUGGAGGUCGAGGUGCCGCCGCAGUACGCUGGCCAGGUGGACGGCCUCUGCGGGAACUUUAACGGUAACCCUGACGACGAGCUGCUCAAACCGGACCAGACUCUGGCCCUGAACGAGGUGGACAUGGGAAACAGCUGGCUGGCUCCGGACGACUCCGCCUGCAUGCCGAUCCAGGAGCAGUUUGACAUCAGCACAGUGGACCAGGCCUUCAUGACGGAGAUCGAGAGCGUCGCCAACUGCGGUCAGAUCACGGACGUCAGUGGGGCAUUCCAGCCUUGCGUUAACGUAGUAAACCCAACGAACUACUUUGACGCAUGCGUAUACGACAUGGCCGCCGAAAAUGGGGAGCACCAGAUGGUCUGUAACGCUAUGGAGGCUUACGCCGACGCAUGCGCAGCUGCUGGUGUCGUCAUCGUCGGCUGGAGAGAUGAGGCCCUCUGCCCCGUUACCUGCCCACCCAACAGCCACUACUCCCUGGUAACCGCCUGCCCGGCGACCUGUGCUAACCCUCUCGCGCCCAUGCGGUGCCAGCGGACCACCAUCCCAGGCUGCGAGUGUGACGAGGGUUAUCUGCUGAGCGGGUCCCGGUGCGUGCAUGCCGAGGAGUGCGGGUGUCUACAGGGAGACCAGUACUACGCCCUUGGAGAAGAGUGGGGAGUAGAGGGUACAGGACAGCUGUGCGUCUGCCAGCCCGGAGGAUCCAUCCAGUGUCUGGCCGGGAUCCCGUCAUGUGACGUCGGAGAGCAGUGGUCUCUACAGGACGGCGUGCUGGGCUGCCACCCGGUGACCACGCCCUGUGAAAUGAAGGCCGAUCUGGUGUUUGUUGUGGAGAGUUCUUCUCACGUCCCUCAGGCGGAGUUCGAGAAGGUUCGCUCCUUCCUCAAACACGUGGUGGAGAAGGUUACCAUCGGCGCUGACGCUACACAGAUCGCGUUGGUGAGCUACAGCAGCUACCCGUCCCUGGAGUUCGCCCUGCACGAGCACGACAACGUGUUCGAGCUGAAGACAGGAAUCAACAACAUGCGGUACAUCGGGCUGGGAACGGCCACGGGCGCAGCGCUUGGGUUCGCUGGGGACGUUAUCUUUAGCACAGCCCAUGGGGCACGGCAUGAUGUGCCCAAGAUUGUAGUAGUGCUCACGGCCUCCGGUUCUGAGGACGACGUGGCCCUGGUGGCUCAGUCCCUACACAGUCGCGGGGUGGUGGUUCGUGCUGUGGGGAUUGGAAACGGCAUCAGCGCGGCACAACUGCAGCAGGUCGUCAACAACCCCGUCUACGCCUCCUCAGUCAUCGACUACUCAGCGCUGAGCGCGCUCAAGGAGGUCCUACCGGACACGCUAUGCCAUAAUGCUGCCGAAGUCAUCAGCAGCUGGCAGACGUCAACCACCUCCAAACCGACCACGAAGCCAACUACGACAUCUAGGCCAGACAACCCCCCUGUUGCCGACGCUGGAGUGGACCAGACCGUACUGAGCACGCAGACCGCCGCAAUGCUUGACGGGACCGGUAGUCAUGACGACCAUGGUAUCGUCUCCUGGCUCUGGCAGUACCCCAACCAGAACCUGCCCGUAACACUCGGGGACACGACGUCCCCGACCUUGACCGUGAGUGGCCUGGUUCCCGGACAGUACACCUUCACCUUGACCGUGACCGACGCGUCAGGCCAGCAGGAUACUGAUGACGUCACCAUCAUGGUGGUUAGACCGACCACCGUUAAACCGACAACCACCAAGGGCACCACCACACCAACUGCGCCUUUGGACUUCCCCCCUGUGGCGUUUGCCGGAGAUGACGAGGUGGUCCACCUGCCACAGGCCUCCCUCACGCUGGACGGGUCCCUCAGCACGGACGAUCACGGGAUCGUCUCCUACCUGUGGGAGUAUCCCGACAACAAGCUGCCUAUUGACAUGGCGGGCACCGCCGGUCCUCAGCUGCAGCUGACUAACCUCCAUCCCGGGGAGUACACCUUCGUCCUGACGGUGACUGAUACAGCCGGCCAGCAGGGCUCUGACGACGUACUCGUCAUCGUGCAGCCAGAGAUCAGUAAGUUUCGUUUAACACCUCUCCCACAUACAUGUAUAACGUUCGUCCUGACCGUUACUGACACCGCCGGCCAGCAGAGCUCUGAUGACGUGCUCGUUAUCGUGCAGCCCGAGAUCAUGACGGUGGUGAACCCUCUGCACCCCGACCAGCCCCUCCAUGACGACGUUUUCGAGGCCCACGCUCCCGGCACCUGCUCUGCUGUUGGUGACCCCCACUACCAGACCUUCGACGGGAAACUCUUUAGCUUCAGUGGAGACUGCUGGUACACUCUGGCUAAGAACAAGAACCCACUUGAAGAGCACUUCGCUGUGCUCGCCGACAAUGCAAGAUGUGAGAUUGCAGGCUGGGAGCACGAGGCCUGCACCCGGGCUGUUAAGAUCCAGUUCCGCGGCUCCGAGCUCCUCCUGACCAACUCUCACCUCACCUAUCCCUUGACAUCAUGUGAGAUUGCAGGCUGGGAGCAUGAGGCCUGCACCCGUGCUGUUAAGAUCCAGUUCCGCGGCUCCGAGCUCCUCCUGACGCGUGACUCCAUCUCUCUGGACGGACAGACGGUCCAGGCUCCCGUCAGCCACAACGGCAACACGGUGGAGAAGAUUGAGAACUCCUACUUCCAUAAGGUGACGCUGGCUAACGGCCUGGAGAUUCUGUGGGACAGCCACACCCGUGUCUACGUCAGGUCUCCCGGCAUGCUCCAGGGCAGGACAGCCGGACUCUGCGGUGACUUCAACGGCAGCCCGGAGGACGACUUCACCACUCCUAGCGGCUCGAAGGUCAUGACCGCGGACACCUUUGCCCAGAGCUGGAAGACCGGAGAAUGUACUCCUUGAAGAAGCAAAGUCUUGACUUAAAGUCUUUAAGAAACCAGACCCACGGCUUAACUCUUCAAAGACAUACGUUUAAGACCUUAAGAAACACGUUUACUUUUUGACUUCAAUUCUACUCUACAUGUAGAUUGAGAACACGCAAGCUCACCCAAUGAAAAGGCAAACUUCAAUAACAUCUUUAGUAUACUUCAGAACACAUCUAUAGUCAACAUAUGAAACCCCAAAUGAUGGCAAAUCACUGUGUAGUCUACGCGUAAAUCCAUAGACAAUACAAAUGAAUAGAUUUGAAUAAUAAUUUUAAUUGGAAGCAAAAGCAGCGCAGAUAUCUUUAGCUCAUGAAAAUACAGAUUCCAGUAGUUUUUGUUUGUGUGAUCACAUUAAAGACUGUCAUUUGAACAUAACAAAGUGUCAUUA